AUGGGCUCUGGGAGGACGCUGAAGUUCGCUGUGUGUGAGGUGCUGCAGUUCGCAGGCUUGUGUGUGCCACUCUUCAUCAUCAUGCAGAGGUUCGCCGUCAUCGUGGCCAAAGUCAAAACAUCGGCAACCCCCCCCGGGGACGGCAGCACGGCCUACUGGCUGAUCGUGGCUUCCUCCAUCGCUUACGUCACCUCCACCGCCUUGCUGGUCUGGGUCCCGGUGAAGUACAUGGUCUUCAUCAAGAAGAAGUUCCUCAUCGGGAGGAAGAAGUGGAGGCCUGUGACCCUGGUAUAUGUGAUCCUGUCCACAUUACCCUGCUUCGCUUUCCUCAUCGCCAGCUCUGAGGUUCAGAUAAAUAACAACCUGAAACACGAUACGUUCACAGAGCUCCCUGUGUCACUCGUCCUCUUUUCACUCAUCUGUAUAGACGUGGUGGAGAGGAUUCGCCACUGCAGACUGACCGGCCAAGCUAACGACAUGGAACGAGAUGCAGACAUCCCUUCCACUGUCCUAACCCAUGUGGAGCAGGUAACUCCUGUGAAUACCAUCACUCCAGCUGUCCCGGGGCCAGCUGUGCCCGGGCCAGCUGUGCCCGGGCCAGCUGUGCCCGGGCCAGCUGUGCCCACCCCUUUACAACCGGGCGCAAACCAGCAAAACGAUAGGAACCAGAACGGAGCGGCGGCUCGCCCGGAGACCAACGGGACAGUACCGGGGAUCCCGGGGAUCCCGGGAAACCCCAGGAGGCCGUUCAGCAUCUCCGGGCUGAGCUCCCGAUCAGCAAGCACCACGGCGUACCGUCUGUCCCCCUACGCCUACACGGGGCCGCUGCGAUUCCUGUGUGCCAGCGACGCCCGGGCCGACGUGUUCGUGGACAGCUUCGUGUUCUGGAUGGACACGGUGGAGAUGGUCAGGGUGGCAGGUCACCCUCUGGUGUACUACUCAGGCUGGGUGUUCCCCAUCUACAUCUUCAGCUACCUGUCCUGUUUGCGCGUGGUGGUCAUGCCCCACAGCCCGCUGCUGUCCUCACUCGGAGUGGCCCUCCAGGAUUUGCCCUUCUUCUUCGUGCGCGUUGGCCUGAUCGCCUUCUUCGGCUUUGUCACGCCCAUCCUCUACCUGAUGAAGAACCUGCUGGUGUGCCUGGCCUUCAUCUAUUUCAACUUCAUGACCAAGCUGAGGAUCUUCAACACGGAAAGGAUGUUUUUCUGA